AUGGCUACGGUGAAGACUGAUGACACAGGGCUAUUACAGCAAAGAUAUAUGACCCCGGAGUUGGCGACCGCAGUAACUGAGAAGCUGUUGACUGGUCUGAUGAACAAAAGUCAAACCGAAGAGAUUCAAGAUGAUAGAUAUGCACUUGUGGUAUCGAGAAACCAAUCUAGAUUCCUCUCAUCUCUAGGCGAGGAUCCAGUUCUUUCUUUGGAGAUAAACCCUUCAGGAAAAUCUGUAGCAUAUAGUCGAGCAGACGGUUCCUUGACCAUUUGGCUCAUAACAGGACCUUCGUUUGCCCGCUCCAAGAAAAUUUACAUUACUGAAGUUGCAGGGCCUGAUAAAUGUGUGAGCUCACUGUCGUGGAACUGCGAUGAGAUCAAUCAGUUUGCUACGGUUUUCAAUAGCUCUGAGAUUUUUAUAUGGGCUAUUGACGAGAGGAAGAAAAACGCUUCCAAGGUCAGAACGUUAUCUGUGGGGGCUAAGGUGAAGCUAUCGAAGUGUUUAUAUGACCCGACGGGAAGAUGGCUUGUUACAUUGGCAAAAUCCGACGAAUUACAUCUUUUUGAUGUCAAGAAAGAUUUCGAACUGCAGACGGUGCUUGAACUAAAUCAAAUUAUCCCAGAUGACUCGAUACAAUCUGUGAAUUGGAACAACUUGGGUUCCCACCUUUUUCUAGGUCUAAAGAGUGGAAGAUUAGCUGUGCUCGAAGUUGGAGAGACCUUUAAGCUAUGUAUCUGUCUGCAGGCUCAACAAGGUGCGAUAACAUCAGUAGCUGUUGAUCCCUGGGGUAGGUUUAUGGUUACUGGAAGUACUGAUGGAACUUGCGCCGUCUGGGAUUUGUCCUCAAUGUGUUGUUCGUUGCUGAUAGCCGACGUAAACUCUUCAGUUGUCUCACUAGACAUUGAUCACUCAGGAAAAGUACUAGCAAUAUGCACUGAGAAGGGAGAGCUACAAUUAAGAGAUAUAGAUACGGGGAAACCACUUUUGGAGCAUCAAGCAAAACUUGGCGGGCCAGAUAUCGUUGCAAAAUUCUACCCAGAUAAGGCAUGGAUGAUUUCAUCAGUUAAAGGAGAUCUCUUACAAAACCAUUCAACCCCAAGUACAUAUGACAGUCUUACAGGUCUCUGGAAAGUUGAAUAUGAGAAAGCCAUUACUGGUUCACGUAUCAAAGCCCCUGCAAAUAAACCAGUUAGGAAAAUCAAAAUCAUAGUCAUGAAAGAAACCGUAUCACAAAACGGGACCAGCCCAGGAAUGGGAGGUUUUCUGGUAGGCGAUGAAUUGUUGUCAUGA